CUCCUCUCCUCCCCCACUGAGAUUUCAGUGCCAUAUCCCUGUGAUCCCCUCAUCUCCCAUCACUCUGACCCGAGGGUCCUAGAGGUUCUAUCAGCUAGUGUCUCCUUGUCAUCUCACUCCCUGCUGGACUAAGAGCUUCCGUGCUUCCCUGGCCUCCCGCACUUACCGUGAUCUGAAGGUUUCCUCCAACACCUUUUGACUCCUUGACACUAUUCUUGGAACAGCGGCUCAAGAUGCCAGAGCCCAUGAAGAAAGAUGAGCCAGCAGAAGGUCAAAAAGAAAGUGUUGCCCCAGACAGUACUGGUGCACCACCCCAACCUGAGAUUUCCUUGGAGGUUUCUACACCCCCAGAGGCGGUAGCAGAGAAGAAAGAGCCAGUACAGACCAAUGGGAAGAAAUCUGAAUCCACAGAGCCUGAGCCACUGAAGGCUCUGGGGGCUAAGGAGCCACAUGCCAUGGAAAAUGGCUCUAACCAACCACAGCCUGGUGGGGUUAAGGAAAAAGGGCAAGCAGAGUCUGAUACAACUAAAGAAGAGGGCUCUUCCUCUUCCUCACCACCCGAAGAUGCCAAUUCACCCAAGAAAGUCUCACUUGAGCUGUCUAAUGAUAGUGUCCCUGUGCCAGCCAUGGGGAGAAAAGAUUCAGUGUGGUCUCUGGGCGAUGGCCAGAACCCAGAGGACCUGGAGAAGCCUGUUGACACGCCACCACUGUCCACCUUACUGAUAGAGAAACCCCAAAGCGGCACCAUUAGUGUGGGUGGGGAUAUCACUUUUGUCGCCAAGGUGGAGGCCAAAGAUCUUCUCCGCAAACCGACAGUCAAGUGGUUUAAGGGAAAAUGGAUGGACCUGGCUAGCAAGACGGGGAAGCACCUGCAGCUAAAAGAGACUUUUGACCGUUUAACGAAGAUUCACACAUUUGAGAUGCACAUCAUCAAAGCUAAGGAGAACUAUGGUGGAAAUUACAGGUGUGAGGUCACCUACAAGGACAAGUUUGACAGUUGCACGUUUGACCUAGAAGUUAAAGAGAGUGAACAGGGCUCACAGAAUAUUGAUAUCCGAUCAGCUUUCAAAAGAAGUGAAGGACAAGAAGAUGCAGGGGAGCUUGACUUUAGUGGUCUCCUUAAACAUAGGGAACCCAAACAGGAUGACACUCCAGAGAUUGAUGUGUGGGAGAUACUGAAGAAUGCUCGGCCAGAUGAGUAUGAAAGGAUUGCCUUCAUGUAUGGCAUCACUGAUCUGAGAGGUCUCCUGCGGAGGAUGAAGAAAAUUCCCAAGGAGGAGAAGAAGAGCGAAGCUUUUGCGAAGAAGCUGGAACCUGCAUAUCAGGUGGAUAAAGGCUCAAAGAUCCGCUUAGUGGUGGAUCUGGCUGACCCCACAGUUGAGCUGAAGUGGUACAAGAAUGGACAGGAGAUCAGGCCCUCUCCCAAGUACAUUUUUGAGCAUAAAGGCACACAAAGGAUAAUGGUCAUCAACAACUGCACCUUGAAUGACGACGCCGCGUAUGCUGUAGCAGCCGGAGAUGAGAAAUGCACCACAGAGCUGUUCGUCAAAGAAUUGCCAGUGAAGAUAGUUAAAGGAAUUGAGCCAGUGAAAACUACAGUGAAUGAACGGAUUGAGUUGGAAUGCGAAGUGUCAGAGGAAGGCGCUCAAGUAAAAUGGAUGAAAAAUGGUGUUGAGGUUCCAACAGGAGUACGAUCCAGAUAUCGAGUUAAAGUUGACGGAAAAAAACACUACUUGGUCAUUGAUGAUGCCUCCAAGGAAGACACUGGGACAUACUCCAUCAUGGCCACCGGGGGAACAUCCGAGGCUCACAUUCAAGUUGACCUGAAACCACUGAAAAUCUACCAGGACCUGCAGGAUAUGACAGUUUUGCUGGGUCAACCGAUGAAGUUGCAUUGCGAGAUCUACCCAGGCAAUGUUCCUGGCCGUUGGUACAGGAAUGGACAACUAAUCCAGGCGAAUGACCGCAUAAACAUCAUACAUAGAAAUAAAGUGCACCGACUUGAAAUUUCAGCCAGUUCCCUUCAUGAUGCAGGAGAUUACACUUUUGUACCUGAAGGAUACUCACAGAGCCUCUCUGCCAAAAUCCAUAUCAUUGACCCACCAAGAGUGCAUUUGGAUAGCUUGAACUUCCCAGACAACACAGUGGUAAUUGUGGCAGGAAACAAACUUCGCUUGGAAAUCCCCAUCAGUGGAGAACCAGUACCCAGAGUGGUGUGGAUGAAGGGAGAAAGGGUCAUUCUUGAGUCUGGCCAUCGUGUCCGAGCUGAAACAUUUGGUGACCACACCAGCCUGACGAUUGACAUCACAGAGCGGGAAGACACUGGGAACUACAAGAUAGUCUUGCAGAAUGAGGCUGGUGAGGCCUCAGCCAGUGUCAAAAUCAAAGUUGUAGACAUCCCAGACACUCCAGAUGCUCCCCUAAUCCCAGUGGUGGGUGGUGAUUGGUGCUCGAUGACAUGGGAACCCCCGAAAUAUGAUGGGGGAUCACCAAUAUUAGGUUACUACAUUGAAAGAAAAAAGAAACAGAGCUCUCGAUGGAUGAGACUGAACUUUGAUCUGAUCAAAGAAACAUCAUUUGAACCCAAGAAGAUGAUUGAAGGGGUACCAUAUGAAUUGCGGGUCUUUGCAGUCAAUGCCAUUGGUGUGUCCAAACCAAGCGAGCCAUCUAAAGCUUUUACUCCGCUGGCUGUGACCAGUGAGCCCACCAUGUUAGUUGUGGACGAUGUGACUGACACCACAGUGACCGUCAAGUGGCGCCCACCUGAAACCAUUGGAGCUGCUGGUCUAGAUGGGUACUUAGUGGAAUACUGCUUGGAAGGAAGUGAGCCAACCUCACAUGAAUCCUCUACAAGUAUUUGUUUUUCCAAAUGGACCUCAUGUGCUAAAUACUGUUUCCCUACAGCUGAUGAGUGGAUAGCAGCCAACGACGAGCUGAUAGACAAGACUAAGUUUACCAUCACUGGGCUGACGCCGUCGAGUAAAAUCUUAAUUCGAGUCAAGGCCAUUAAUGCUGCUGGUGCCAGCGCGCCACGCACCAUUCAACACUCAAUCCUUGUCAAAGAAGUUAUUGAACCACCCAAGAUCCGGGUCCCCCGACACUUGAAGGUAACAUACACUCGCAGAGUUGGAGAAGCAGUCAACCUUGUAGUGCCAUUUAUGGGCAAACCCAGGCCAAAGGUCACUUGGCUGAAGGAUGAAAAGCCCAUAGAUUCCAGCCACGUCAGCAUCCGUAACACAGAAUGUGACAGCAUCAUCUUCAUUCGCAAAGCUGAACGAAGCCACUCUGGCAAAUAUGUGAUGACGGUACAGGUUGAGAACCAUGUGGACACAGCCGUUAUUGACAUACAAAUUGUAGAUCUACCUGGGCCUCCGCUGACAGUAACAAUUGAAGAUGUUUGGGGAGGAAAUGUGGCUCUGGUCUGGACUCCUCCAAGAGACAGUGGCAAUGCCCCAAUAACAGGCUACACUAUUCAGAAAGCAGACAAGAAGACAAUGGAAUGGUACACGUGCAUUGACCACUACCACCGUAACUGUAUCACUAUCACAGAGCUGGUGGUUGGGAAUGAGUAUUUCUUCAGGGUCUUCUCAGAAAAUAUGUGUGGCCUGAGUGAAACCGCAACUCAAACCAAAAAAAGUGCCUUGAUUAUAAAAGAAGGUUUGCAGGUGAAAAUACCGGAAUACAAUGAUCACGACUUCAAGGAGGCACCGACGUUCACACAGCCACUGAUCAACACUAACGCCGUCGCUGGCUACAACGCCACUCUUCACUGCAGUGUCCGUGCCAACCCAAGGCCCAAAGUGAUCUGGAUGAAGAACAAGAUAAUCAUCAUUGACAACCCACGCUACCGUAUGUUUAGUAACCAAGGGGUAUGCACUCUGGAGAUUAGGAAGCCCAGCCCUUAUGAUGGUGGCAUGUACACCUGCAAGGCCAUCAAUGAUCUGGGAGAGGCCCAAGUGGAUUGCAAGCUGGAGGUGAAAGUCCAAACUCAAGAAUUGUGAAUGUAUGUUCUCAUAUAAAGGUGGGUUCACCUUUUAUGAACUCAUGCAACGCGGAGUGCCCCUACACCUGAUCAACAAGUACAUGAACGAGGUGAAGACCGGUGAGCCGGAGAAGUAAUUUGGACUUUAGCUGCCAUUACUGUUGAGAGCCGUCCUGCACUCCGGAAAUGGACAGAAGGACGAUAAACGAUGGCCAAGGCUGUCUUGUGUCUUGGCUGUCUUGGUGUGGUAUGCUGUGUGCAGGUUUGGAGCCAGUUCAUCUUCUGCGUCACCCAUUUCUGUUUGAGAGGCUGUGUCAGCUCAGAUGCAUGUCAGCAAUGUUUUGAUUCUAACUUUUGAAAUUUGAUGCGUUGUGUGCAUUCAAAAAAAAAAAAAAAAAAAACAUAUAAAAGCUAUAUAUCACAAACAGCAACACACACACCUACAGUUUGUAUUUACAUGUGGAUCUGAUUUGGGGGUGCUUAGUGAAGCAGAUCAUUCAUUUCUGGGGUACAGACAAAAGGAAAAAAUAAUGUAUAAACAGUGCUUGGUAUUUUUAGGGUGUCUCUAAACUUCUGUAUGGCAAGAGAAAUGAAAACAGAUGUGAGUAAUGUGGGAUAAAUGAUUAUGUUGACCUAAGGUGAGUUAUUUGUUAAUAAGCGGAAAGCGUUAGAGGUUUAACAGCUUAUAUUCUGCAUGUGAAGUUAUAUCUUGUGACUGAUAACGUACUUGAGGCUUGAUUUAAGUGAGAGGUUUUACCUUUGUAAUUAUGAUCCAUGCAUUACAAUAAAAAGAAAUUUACUCCUUGUCA